GAUUUGACUUCCUCAUUUUCUGGUUGCCAUCUGCAUUUUCCAGAUAGACCUUUCGAUACGCAAGCUUCAACGGCGCCAACCGAUACCCUCGAUACCACCUCAAUCAGUCUACUUAAGACCAUCGGGCGCAAUCAUCAUGUCAACUCCAUCCACCAAACCAUCACUGGACGGCCAUACUCCCGUCCCUGGGCGUACCAGAACCGGGUCCAUCCCGUCCCGACCUUCACGUGGAGAUUCUCGACGGAAAUCGAUCCAGUUCAACAUCGGCGGUUCGGAGUCGCAACCCCCCAGUCGGUCUGCUAGCGUCUCAGGCCGCAAGCGUUCGCCCUCCCACGUGUAUGAGAAAGAGGCCAAGGCGGCUGGGCGAGGACUAUCACCUCCUCCACCUAAGACCUACGAACGGGGCGUCUCCUUCGAUACGUUUGAUAAUCCCGAUGCGCCAGAUUUCUCCUUAACACUCAACUACAAACACAAAGGAUACCAGAGUACGCGACGCAGUCGAACAUUUCUCUGCGGAACAGACCAGAAUGAUUACUCUGAUUUCGCGCUCGAGUGGCUCAUCGAUGAGUUGGUGGACGAUGGCGACGAAAUCGUCUGUCUCCGUGCGGUGGAGAAGGAUUCCAGUAUCGCAAGCGAUGCCGCAGUCGAAGCGGGGAAAUACCGAAAGGAAGCGGAGAAGCUGUUCGAACAAGUGAUUCAGAAGAACAGUCAGAAUGAGAAGGCGAUCAGCUUGGUCCUGGAGUUGGCUGUUGGCAAAAUCCAGGACAUCAUCCAACGCAUGAUCAGGAUCUAUGAACCCGCCGUUCUCAUCGUGGGCACUAGAGGCCGUAAUCUCGGUGGUGUGCAAGGAUUGCUACCCGGCUCCGUCUCGAAAUACUGCUUACAGCAAUCGCCCAUUCCUGUUAUUGUGGUCCGGCCAUCCACUAAGCGGGAGAAAAAGAAGAAGAAGCGUCUCGCAGAUCCCACCAGACGCAACUACAAUCACAUCUUGGAGAUGAGUGAGCGGCGAGGAAGCGAUAUUUUUGACCGGAGCUCCAGCCGGGAUAGCAGCGUGUCAAAGCUGCCUGAUGAGGAGGCUGCCGUGGCGGCCGCUCUUGGUCUGCCUCAGACAUAUACAAACUCACGGAGCUCGCUCUCAACAUCCGAGCGAAGCAGUGUCAGUCAUGACGAAUCACCCUCUCCGAUGGGAUCCCCUGGCCCUGUUUCCCGUAGUCCCCUUGGCAGCGUGGAGAACUCAGAGGUCGAUACUGGAUCCGACGACGAACCUACUGUGUCACACGUGGAAGACCAUGUGUCGCUCAAUGGAACAUCUGAGGCGCAAAACGUUCCCGGAUUGACCGAGGGCGUUGCCGGGGUAUCCUCGUCCAAUGUGACGGUGCCGCUGAUCGUGACUGACGAUAUCUCCCCGGGUGGCUCAGAAAAGCAAAGCGAUUGAUGGUUCGGUGUCCAAGGAACUGCCAUGCAUCAUAUACACCUGGGUCAUUGCUACCUA